AUGACGCACCACACACACAACGCCGCGACGUCAAACGUCCUCGCCUGGUCGACAGAUUGCGCCAACAUGCCCUCGAUGGUAGAAGACGAACCCGCCGAUGUCGACGAGCCUCCGGAUGCGCAACUGCCCAUCUCUCCCAUGGCCAGCAUGUUCAAGAGGAACCCAAUCCGCCGCACUAUCAUCGACCACAACGCCUCCCUCCUAACCAAGGCUCUCCACAGCCCUUCCGAAGACGAGGAACCCGAGGUCCGCCCGGGUAUGUCAUUCUUCGCUCGCCGACGCUCCAUGGCCAGUAACAUCAGCUUGGCCUCUACCGCCGACCUGACGAGCGACACCGGCUUGACCAGCCCCUCCCGCGCCAAUACUCCUAGCCCUCCUCUCCCCGAGAUGCGUUAUCUGAACCUCAACGACGAGCCUGCCAAGGAUGCCCCCAAGAAGCGCUGUAUUCAGUUCGCCUGUGCUGCGAAACCCAAGGCUGCCGAGUCCAUUCAGGCCCAGCCCAUGGUCAAGGCCCCUUCUGCCCAGGAGACCCAGCGCAAGCCUUGCAUCAAGUUCGCAUGCCCUGUUCCUCAGCGCCCUGCUUCCACGCAGAACACGCCACCCCAGCGCAUGGAGAUGGCCGCUGCUCGCCUUCAACCGCCCGCCUUGGCCAAGCAGUCCUCCCCGCUGACCGCCCGCAAGUCCCGCUCUUCUGCUAGCCGCUCGCGCUCCCCCAGGCCGUCGCUUGCCCCUCCCCGCUCCGACAUGGACGCGAAGUCUCCCACCACGAAGAAGUACAUCACCGCCAACAUCAAUGACUUGAACAACGAGUCUUCUCACUUCCAUGAGUUCGCUAGCGACAUCCCUCGUGAGGAUGACUGGAUUCGCCAGGCCUUUUCCUCCCAGGGUCGCCGCAUCACCAUCGACGACACCCUUCAGAAGGAGAACGCCAUUCGCAAGUUGGCGACCGAGGUAGAAGAGGAGGCCGAGCAGGAGGAGGAAGAGAUGGCGACCGCCCUCGACGACGAUGAAGAUCUCGACAACUUGGACGAUGGGGAUGAUGUCGAGGAUGAGGAUGAGGACGAGGACGAGGACCAGGAAGACGAGGACGACAACUCUGACGAGGAUGACAACUCCGAUGGUUACAAGACCGACGAGGAGACCGGGUUCGCCGACUCCGACGAGGAAGAGGAUGAAGAUGAGGAUCUUCGCCUAUGGACCCCGGGCCGUUCCACCGUGCAGAACAUUGACAGCACUCCCAUUGCUCGACGUCCCUCCCUUCCUGAGCAGCUUUCGGACUCCUCCAUUGCCUCCCGGACCAGCCUCCGCGCCCGACGUGGCCGAGCUCACCGUAUCAAGAUCCGUCCCGGCACUCCUGAGCUCCCUGACAGCACCGACUUCGUCUGCGGCACCCUUGACGAGGACCGCCCCAUGGAGGACGCUUACAUGUCUUGCCUGGCGGCUCGCAGGCGCGAGAAGCUCCAGCUCAUCCCACAGGAUAUCGACCCUAGCUUCCCGGCCUCCGACCCUGAGGACGAGGGUGAAGAGGAGAUUUACAACCCUGUUCACCACAGCAGUGACGACGAGAUGUUCUUCCACGGAAAGAUGGACGACUUGCAUCAUGCGAAUGACAGAAGCCGUCGCCGCAAGAAGACAGAGCACACCUCUCCCAAACGCUUCCACUCGCCUCCCCCUCUGAAGCGUCGUGCAUCUCCUGCCCCAAAGGCUCGCGGCCGUUCCCCUCGUCGCCUCUUUGAUGGACCUUCGCCCCGUCGCCUGAGGUCGCCGGCGCCGCAGAUGCUUCGUUCUCCUCCUGCGUCCCCUCGCAAUGGCCAUGGCGCCAUCGCGUUCAAGACCUUGGCAUCCCGCCCCGGUCUCACUGUCACCAAGUCCCUUCCUCGCCCUCCUUCCAUGUUCCCCCACAUGGCCAAGGGCCGUCGCGUCAAGGCUCCAGCCAACGACAUUCACAUUCGUGGCGCCAUUGACAUUGUCAAGGGCCUCGAGCGGAAGCGACAGCGUCGCAAAGAAAAGUUCUAUCAAAAGUACUGCAACCGCGCUCGCAAGGGACAAGUCCCUGAGCGCAAGCCACAGCGUGGCCUUGGCUGUGAGCGCAUGCGAGAGCUGGGCUUGCUCAUGGCUGGCAAGAUCGACCAGGGCAAUUAUGUCCUAUCCGUCUAG